AUGUCUUCUGAUAAACCGUCAGGAAGCAAAAGCUUCAAGUCUGACGUAUUAAAAGUAUGGGAAGAAAUCGAAAGAAAAGUUAAAUCAACCCCUACAAUGGUGUUUUCAGUCAUCGGAGAUUCAGAGAGCUUUGUUCCCAGACCUUGGGCGAAAUCAGUGUUCCAAACAGCUUUGAUUGAGGCGGCUAAAAGCGGAGGAGAUACAUGGAUACUUUAUCGUGGGUAUAACUACGGUGUUUCUUCAGUUGUUCGUAGUGCGUAUGGAAAAUACGGCGAUACAGAAUUUCGUGCAAAUAGUAAUGAUGUACCUUUAGAGGAUUCAGAGAGAAAAGUGAAACUUAUUUACAUGCCAGGACACAUUGAACCUCCAAAAACGCCAGAGGAAAGAAGCAAGGUAAAUCAACUGGGAGAUGUUACGGAAGAAAACUUAGAUGAGACGCUUGCCAAACCAUCAAAGCUUGAAUGCUACAUUGAACCUACAGAGAAUAAAAACUUCGUACUGGACUUUGAGGAAUUUGUUUCGAAGCAGGAACUUCCCUUUCUCAGCCAAACUUUAGACUUAAAUUUGCCUAUUCCAAUCGUCAUUUUGGCAUGCGAAGGUGAUAUUAAUACAAUUGAACAUAUAUCCGAGGCUUUGAAAAGAAAGAUUCCGGUGAUUAUAAUCAAGGGAUCUGGAAAAGCCGCCGAUCUUAUUUUGGACUACAUGGAAAACAAACAACUUAUAAAAAAAAAAGCAAGCGUUCUUUUUGGAAUUCGGUUCAAUGAAAUUGCUUUCAAAACACUAACCCGUCAUUUGAGUGACAUUGUGGAGGCAUCUGAUUUGGUUGGUGUAUUUGACGUAAACAAUGACAAUCCACUGAUGCUGUCAAACACCAUUGGUGAAGGAAUUGUAAGCUGUUGGGCGACGGAAAAAAUUCUAAGUACCAGAGAUGCAAGUGUGAGAAGUCCAAAACCAAACACUCAGAGAGAAAAGACUUUACAACUUACAACAAGUAACGGGAAUGCACACAUUGGAACAACAGUUUCCGUGGGAAAACUUCAAAGUUAUUCUGGUAUGCCAAAACAAGCCGAUAUUGACAAAAUAUUUUUGCAACACAGAGAAUCAAGAGCUUAUGUUUUAGACACCAAGUACUCUUCGCCCACCUCCCUACCAUUAUACUUCUUCUUUGAAUACCAGUUUCUGCAGCAGUCUGAGAAGUUGAAGGAACAUGGGCAUAUGCUGCUUUUUGAAGCAUUAAUUGCCAAUAGAUGUGAUUACGUUCGGGUAUUACUGGAUCAAGGUGUUCGAUUUAGACUGUGGAAUUUAUCUGAACUAUAUGAACAGACUGUUUCCUGUAAAGACUGUCAUUUUGAAAAGGACGACUGUCUACACAUUCAAUGGCUCCUCAAGCAAAUCGAGGAAAAGAAGGCUGAAAAGCUGUGUUUUUCACACAGAAAAUUUACGCGGAAAAUACAGAAAAAAGAAAGAAAAAACCGUGAAGCUCUUAAAAAACUUCAAGAAAUGGACCGAUCAUCUAAUUCCGAUGAAAUUAAGAAGUUAGAAAAAAAAAUCAAAGACAGAAAAGAAUCUAUCAAGGAAAAUAAGGAGAAACUGCAAGAACUUGUUAAGAAUGAAAAAGAGCAAACCAAGAUCGCUGAAUCUGCCAAAGGGUUAUGUCGGAAAAUACUUGGUUAUAAAGAAUCAGAAGACACAGAAACUAAUGAUGAUCCUGAAGAUACGGAAAAUGAUGCUGAGGAAAAAUCAAGUUAUGUAAAAAUAUCUGACAUCUUGCUUUGGGCAAUAUUUGCAAAUCGAAAAGAAAUUGCAGAAAUAUGUUGGCUUCGAGGGAAAGAUCACUUAUUAACGGCCUUAGUUUGUGCUGCAGUGCUGAAAAAAUUGUCUAAAAAGGCAAAUAAUGUAAAGGAACAGAAUCUUUCCAAUGAAUUUGCUGAGCACACACAAUUGUUUGAAAACAGAUGCUUGACGAUAAUGGACGGAAUGUAUAAAGAGGAUGACAAAAACGCCAUAGAUAUUAUGGAUGAUGACACGAAUGUUUGGGGUAUAAAAUCAAGCCCGCUUACUUUCGCUCACGAAAACUUUAUGUACGAUGUGGUGGCUCACACUUGCUCCCAAAAAAAUAUGAACAAACAGUGGUACAACAAAUUAGCACCUGACUUGAAACCAUUCCUUAAGUCUAUGUGGCGGAAACCAAGGAAGUUUUUCACUGCUCCUCUCACAAGAUACAUGUAUAAUUAUGUUAUGUUCUUCGUAAUGCUGGUGUUCUACAGUGCCUUUGUACUAACCAGUAUUGGGGACGAAUACUACAUACUGGAUAUAGCCAAAAUGUUUGAGUAUUAUGUCUAUUUCUGGGGAGCUGGGGACCUAAUAGAAGAACUCAUAAGCUGCUUUGGUUGUUUGGAAUCAAGAGGUCGUUCUCACCGUGGUUAUUACGCAAGACUUAAGAGAUACCUCUACGACUUUUGGAAUUUGGUGGAUCUCCUUUCCUAUGCUUUACUGAUUACAGCAUUGUGUGUCCGCCAUUUUCACCCAUCCACCAAUUUUACUAUUGCAAGGAGAAUGUUUUCGCUGUCCCUUCUUGUUAUGUACCUGAGGUUUCUUGAAGUCUUUUUAGUGCACAGAAAAAUGGGACCCACCCUGAUCAUGAUUAAGGAAAUGUUGAAGGAUCUUCUCUACUUUCUUGGCCUAGCGGUGUUUGUAGUACUUGGUGUUGGAAUGUACUACCACGCUAACUUAUGGCCGGAUCACCCGACUAUCUGGAGUGGAAAUUGGGUCAAUUGGAGAAUUUGGACGAUUAUCUAUUAUCCUUACUGGCAGUUAUACGGAGAGAUCAACAACGAGUUCUUAGAAGGACAGGAACUCGACAGUUGUACUCAGAAUGAAACCAUUUGGAAAGCAGACACGUCCCAAGACCGAUGUCCCCAGGAAGACUGGACGGUAAUUGCUGUAGCAGGAUUCUACAUGUUGUUCUCCAACCUUCUCCUGGUGAAUCUAGUUAUCGCCAUGUUUAGUUACACAUUUGAAAGGGUUCAGGAAAAUGCCGAAAAACUCUGGAGAUUUCACCGAUGUACGGUCAUCAGUGACUAUGAGUGGAGAAUUCCAUCUCCUAUUAAUAUCAUCUUUCUUCCUUAUCGAAUCUGUUGCUGUCCUGGAAGAAAAGGGGGACUUAGAAACAGGCUUAAAGGAUGCUGCAAUAAAAAGGAAUAUGAAGAAGAAAAGAAAAAAGAAUUGAAGAGAAAAGAAUAUAGAAAACAUCUCCAAAGAAAUAUGGCUUUUAAAAUAUUUAAUAAAAUGUAAAAAGAAUUGAAAUGGGAAAAAAAUAUUGUAUGCAGUUAAAUUAUUUUUUGUGGUGAAAUA